UGGUUUGUGACGUUUUCUCCGUCAUGUCUGGACGCGGCAAGCAGGGCGGCAAGGCUCGCGCCAAGGCCAAGACGCGCUCGUCGCGGGCCGGGCUGCAGUUCCCGGUGGGCCGCGUGCACCGCCUGCUCCGCAAGGGCAACUACGCCGAGCGGGUCGGGGCCGGCGCGCCGGUGUACCUGGCGGCCGUGCUGGAGUACCUGACGGCCGAGAUCCUGGAGCUGGCGGGCAACGCGGCCCGCGACAACAAGAAGACGCGCAUCAUCCCGCGCCACCUGCAGCUGGCCAUCCGCAACGACGAGGAGCUCAACAAGCUGCUGGGCCGCGUCACCAUCGCGCAGGGCGGCGUCCUGCCCAACAUCCAGGCCGUGCUGCUGCCCAAGAAGACCGAGAGCCACCACAAGGCCAAGGGUGAAGUAAAGACGGCAAGGAAACAUCGGGGAGACCAUGUGCCUUUGCAACAGACGUGAGAGGUGGACGUUGUAAGUCAGAUUUUCACCUUAACUAUACUGGCACCCAAUGAGUCCCAGUGCCUAUUCUGGCUGUUCUCGGCCACCAGCACACCCUUAUCACCAAGUCAGAAGCUGGAGGGCGUCUUCCAUUCCUCUCCACGAAGUACACCUCCGCCAAUGUUUAGUUUUUCCUCACGAAGAUCUUCUAAUAAAAUUAAGUUUCUAUGCC